AUGGCCCACCAGGCUUGCUCUUCUUGGGCUGAAGAGCUUCCUCUCGUCCUGCUGGGCGUGCGCUCCUCUUUCAAGGAAGAACUCGGCUACACAACUGUGGAGCUGGUCUAUGGCACAACGCUGCGGGUGCCCGAAUUUGGCAACGACGAAAGGCCAAGUGAUGUGGUGCUCGAUCACGUCAACCAGAGACUGAGAAGACAGGUGAACAGCAGUUGCAGCACCUACUGUCCUGUACCGGAACCCGUGACGUGCGACCAGUCCAAGCCGUACAGGGAGUCCGAUGGGAGCUGCAACAACCUAGAUAAUCCUAGCUGGGGACAAGCGUACUCGUGCGAGCGUAGGCUGCUUCCCGCUGCUUACAAGGACGGUGUCAGUGAGCCAAGGGUAGCGCGAAGCGGUGAACCACUGCCAAGCGCACGGCUGGUGUCCUACAAGGUGCAUCCUCCGAUUAAUAUUCGAGACAAGCAACUGACCCAUAUGGCCAUGGCCUUCGGGCAGUUCGUGGACCACGACAUCACGUUCGUGCCUCCGAACACGCUGCCUCCGCUGGAAACGUACCUAGGUGCCCAGAAUGGCUUCACAAACGGUACCGUUCCCAUGAACAUCGAGGUUCCAGCGGGCGAUCCAUUCUACGCCAAGUUUCAGAACACGUCGCUUUUUUUCACCCGCUCCUUGCCCUGCUGCCACUGCCAGCUGGGUCCGAGAGAACAGAUGAAUUCCAGGACGUCCUUUAUCGACGCUUCUCAAAUUUACGGCAUCAAGGACGACAUCACGGACAGCGUGAGAUCCUUUUCUGGAGGUCUACUGGCAACCCAAGGGCCCGAUGACUCUGCACUCCUGCCGCCGAGUCUUUAUCCCAACAAUGACACUUGCAGCAUUCCGGACGAAGACAAGAUCUGCUUCCGGGCAGGGGAUUUCAGAGUCAACCAGAACCCCGGCCUAGUGACUAUGCACACGAUCUUCCUCAGGGACCACAACAGAAUCGCCCGCAAGCUAGCCAUAAUCAAUCCCAACUGGGACGACGAGCGUCUCUUUCAAGUUACCAGGAGAAUCGUGGAGGCCCGAUACCAGCACGUGGUCUUUAGCGAGUGGCUGCCUUCGAUCGUCGGGUCCGACGCCAUGGCCGAAUAUCGGCUGUUGCCACUCAAGAACGGCUACACCGAUUACAACAGUAGCGUGGACCCCACCAUGUUCAACGAGUUCGCCGCGGCAGCCUUUCGCUUUGGGCACUCGGACGUCGUUGGAUACUUCAACCUUGUUGCAACCGGCGGCGCCAAGGUGGGAGUCAUCUUGCUCAAGGACGCCUAUUUCCAACCCUUCGAGUUUUACAAGGGUAUCGAAGACAGUGCUACCAGGGGAUUAAUCCAGCAGCCAAUGUGGAAAACGGACAGGUACGGCGACAGCGCCGUGACAAAUUACCUGUAUCGUGCCCGUGGAUCGCCGAACGGCAACGACCUGUUUGCCGUGGACAUACAGAGGGGCCGCGACCACGGCACCCGGCCUUACGUGGACUACGUCCAGCUCUGCCAGAACCUCACGUUGACGUCAUUCAAGGACCUCUACCGCCGGAAGCUGAUGCCAACGAUCGUGGCCACACUAUAUUCGCACAUAUACCAGGACGUCGGGGACAUUGACCUGUUCUCUGCUGGCAUCAGCGAGUACAACGUUCCAGGGGCGGCUAUGGGGCCCACGUUCCUCUGCAUUGUGGCACGCAUGUUCAGCGCACUCAAGUGGGGUGACCGCUUUUACUACGAGCAUAAAGACCAAGCCGGAUCGUUUACGCCAGAGCAACUCCAAACAAUAAGGCAGACCACGCUUGCAAAAAUAAUCUGCGAAAAUACAAGAUUUGGUUCGAGAGUGCAUCGGAACGUCUUUCGUCAGCCAAAGUUAUUGGAAAAAGAAGAGGACUGCAAGGACCUACCCGACAUUGAACUAGUGCACUGGCGCAACGGCUAA